AUGGCAGACGCAAAGCCGGCCAUAUCCUUCAUCGGCCUCGGAGCCAUGGGCUUCGGCAUGGCCACCAACCUCGUCAAGGAGGGCUACCCCGUCACCGGCUUCGACGUCUACGGCCCGACCCUCGACCGCUUCACCGCGGCCGGAGGCCUGGCAGCGACGACGCCCGCCAGCGCCGUCGAGGGCAAGGACGUCUGCGUCUGCAUGGUCGCCACGGCCCAGCAGGCCCAGUCCGUCCUGCUCGACAGCGAGCACGCCGCCCUGCCCAGCCUCCCCAAGGGUGCCGUCCUCCUCCUGUGCUCCACCGUCCCCUGCGCCUACGUCCAGAGCCUCGAGCGCCAGCUGGCCGAGCGAGGCCGCGGCGACGUCCACCUGGUCGACUGCCCCGUAUCCGGGGGAGCCAUCCGCGCCGCCGACGGCACCCUGUCCAUCAUGGCGGGAGCCUCAGACGCCGCCAUCGCCAAGGGCCGCGCCGUCCUACAGGCCAUGUCCGACCCGGCCAAGCUGUACAUCGUAAAGGGCGGCAUCGGGGCCGGGAGCAACAUGAAGAUGUGCCACCAGGUCCUCGCCGCCAACCAGAUCCUCUCGGCCAGCGAGGCCCUGGGCUUCGCGGACCACCUGGGGCUGGACCUGCGCUCGGCCGGCGAGGCCCUCGUCAAGUCGGACGGCUGGAGCUGGAUGCUAGAGAACAGGCUCCCGCGCCUCCUCCACCCGGAGUUCAAGCCCAUAGCCAGCGCCCUCACCAUCAUCCUCAAGGACACCAGCAUCAUCACGUCCGAGGCCAGACGGGCCGGCUUCGCCACCCCGAUGACGUCCACAGCCGAGCAGGUGUACUUCUCCGGUCUUGGGAGAGGGUACGGGCCCGAUGAUGACGCCAGCCUGAUCCGCCUCUACACCGAAGGCAAGGGCAAGGUCGGCCCCGUCCAGGGCACCGCCUCGACCAACGAGGAGAAGCUGAAGCUCGUUAUCGACCUGCUCCGCGGCAUUCACCUGUGCUCCGCAGCCGAGACCAUCGCAUUUGGCCAGCACGUCGGCCUGGAUCUGGACCAAGUGUUUGAGCUGUGCAUCAACGCGGCAGGGGGCAGCCGGAUCCUCUCGACGGUCGGCCCGUCGUUUCUCAAGGCAUUUGUGGAGGGCAAGGCGCAGGGCGGAUGGGCCGCAGAGUCCGGUUCGGGAGAGGCCACGCUCCAAUCGAUAGCCUCCGAGCUGGAGGCGGCGGUAAAUGAGGCUCAGAGCCUGAAGCUGCCGCUGUUUCUGGGAAGCCAGGCACUCAACCUCAUCCGCCUGGGUCUGAAGAGUGCCGGGGCCGAGUCUUCAAAGCAAGCCAUUGGCUCUGUUGUGCGUGUAUGGGCGACAUCGUGA